GCGGCAGGGCGGGCUGGGCGGAGCGAGAUGACGCGGCAGGGUGGGCGGGUCUGGACCGGCUGACGCGUGGAGACCGAGCUGCGGCCCUGACGAUGGCGGAGUCCGCCCGGUCGAUCGCCCUGGGCGCCGUUCUCAAGAGGAGCGAGGCCAUUCCUGAGGGGACCCCGCAGGUCAGAGGCUACGACUUUAACAAGGGGCUCGAUUACCCGGCGCUGCUGCAGUCGUACCUGACGACUGGUUACCAAGCCACCAAUUUGGGACUGGCCGUGGAACAGAUCAACGCCAUGAUCGAGGCUAAGCUGGAGCCACUGGAUGAUUGCGACAACCCAAAUAAUCUGAACCCGUGUCAGAGAGAUAAGACAGGCUGCACCAUCUUUCUGGGCUACACAUCGAACCUCAUCAGCUCCGGCAUCAGGGAGACCAUUCGCUAUCUCGUCCAGCACAACAUGGUUGACUGUGUGGUGACCACGGCUGGUGGGAUCGAGGAGGAUUUCAUUAAGUGUCUCGCUCCGACAUUCCUGGGGGAUUUCAGCCUGAAGGGUAAAGAUCUCCGACAGAGUGGGAUUAACAGAAUUGGAAAUCUGCUGGUUCCUAACGACAACUACUGCAAGUUCGAGGAUUGGGUGACUCCGAUCCUGGAUCAGAUGCUUCUGGAGCAGAAGCAGCAGGGAACCAAGUGGACUCCCUCCAAAAUGAUCGCUCGGUUGGGGAAAGAAAUCGACAAUCCCGAGUCUGUCUAUUAUUGGACCUAUAAGAAUAACAUUCCUGUCUUCAGUCCAGCCCUAACUGACGGUUCCCUGGGAGACAUGAUCUACUUCCACUCUUACAAGAACCCUGGCUUGGUGCUGGACAUUGUGGAAGAUAUCCAGAGGAUGAACAGCCAGGCCGUGUUUGCCAAGCGGACGGGAAUGAUCAUUCUCGGGGGUGGUGUGGUGAAACAUCACAUUUCCAACGCUAACCUGAUGCGCAAUGGUGCAGACUAUGCCGUGUACGUGAACACAGCUCAUGAAUUCGAUGGGUCGGACUCGGGAGCUAAGCCGGAUGAAGCGGUUUCCUGGGGUAAAAUCCGUAUGGACGCCAAGCCCGUGAAGGUCUCCGCCGACGCCACCCUUGUUUUCCCUCUACUGGUCGCCGAGACAUUUGCCAGAAAGUUCCACAAAUUGGUGCCUGGAUCGAAGAUAGAGUGAGCUGCACCCUGGUGUCUGUGACCCGGACGCAGAAGGAGAGGCAACCUCCUGCAAGGUCAAAGGAGUCGGACAAAGAGGAGUCCUGCAGCUCCUCGGAACUGCAUUUGACUUGGCUGGUUAUAGUCGAUUUGCUGCUGGGCUGUUUGAGGGACAGGUCGAGGCGCCCUUUAUUUAUUUCACUCUCCCUCCUUACUGUGGUCCUCGCCAUUUACUCUCAGGAAUUUAGUUUAGCAUAUGACUACUUUAACCGCAUUUACUGUCCAUCUGAAAUGUCGGCUGCUUGCGGGACUUGAAUUAAAGCAGAUUCUUCCCA